CGCCCCCUUCCCCGGGUCCCCUUGGCGGAGAGCGAUGCCUCUUCCCGACACCAUGUUCUGCGCGCAGCAGAUCCCCAUUCCCCCGGAGCUGCUGGACAUCCUGAAGCAGUUCACCAAGGCCGUCAUCCGCACUCAGCCCACCGACGUGCUGCGGUGGUCCGCGGGAUAUUUUUCAGCUUUGUCCAGAGGAGAGCCACUUCCUGUAAAGGACAGACUCGAAUUGCCCGUGGCCACCCAGAAGACAGACACAGGCCUGACUCAAGGGUUCCUUAAAGUUUUGCACAAGCAGUGCAACCACAUGCAAUACGUGGAAUUAGCGGAUCUUAAGCACAAGUGGAAAAAUCUAUGCCUGCCAGUAGAAAAAUUCAAAGCUCUCUUAGAAUUGGAUCCUCACGAAAACACAAUUGAGUGGAUAAAAUUUUUAGCGCUUGGCUGCAGCAUGCUCAGUGGGUCUCUAAACACUGCCAUGAAGCACCUGUGUGAGAUCCUCACUGCGGACUCUGAGGGCGGGGCGG